UCAUCAAAAUAUUUCAUGGAGGUAUUAGGUCUCCGAAAUCUUGUCUUUGAAGCACCCUGUCCGCAAGACAACCGAAUCGUACUGUCCAGUGGUAAAACGUACACCGUCCCUGAAGGCAACUCAACGUAUGGGGGCGCACAGGAAGAAUGCAGACGACAAGGCGGCAUCGUUGCGAUUCCAAGGAACGAAGAGGAACAACAGAACCUGGCGUUCCUAAAGAACUGCGUCAGCAGGGACGCUCAGUUUUGGCUUGGUAUAAGGAAGACAGCGGGUGACUGGAGAGACGACAGGGGCACCGCACUCGGCAGUUUUACGAGUUGGGCGUCCGGGGAGCCAAACGACGGACUCAACUGUGCGCACAUCGUCUACGGGAACAAAGUGGGCGAACGACGAGACAAGUGGGCAGACGCAAACUGCCUCCUAGUAUUCCGCUACGUCUGCGAGAUACAGGAUGCAUGCCGCAAUGGUUACAAAAUACAUAACAACAUCUGCUACAAGGCCUUCAACAUGGAGAUGACUUUUCUCGACGCGUCUUCGACCUGCCGUACCGAAGGUGGGACCCUCGCUAUGCCAAAGGACGCCGGCACAGACGACUUCCUGGUCUCCCUGAAGAAAGAUGUGGCUGAGAGAGGCCGUUUCUGGUUCGGUUUGGCGGAUCGGCGUCAAGAGGGGGUCUGGGAGUGGGUAGACGGCACCCCACUUGAAGGCUACAGCGCAUGGGGGCCAGGGGAACCCAACAACAACAAUGAUGAGGAUUGCGUCCUUUAUUAUGACGGAAAGACAUGGAAUGACGAAAAAUGUUCAUCAGCCAAAAAAUUCAUCUGUGAAUUAAAACUACCAGCAUGCCACAAUGGUUACCAAAUACAUAACAACAUCUGCUACAAGGCCUUCAACAUGCAGAUGACUUUUCUCGAUGCGUCUUGGACCUGCCGUACUGAAGGUGGGACCCUCGCUAUGCCAAAGGACGCCGGCACAGACGACUUCCUGAUCUCCCUGAAGAAAGAUGUGGCUGAGAGAGGCCGUUUCUGGUUCGGUUUGGCGGAUCGGCGUCAAGAGGGGGUCUGGGAGUGGGUAGACGGCACCCCACUUGAAGGCUACAGCGCAUGGGGGCCAGGGGAACCCAACAACGACAAAGAUGAGGAUUGCGUCCUUUAUUAUGACGGAAAGACAUGGAAUGACGACAAAUGUUCAUCAGCCAAAAAAUUCAUCUGUGAAGUUAAACUACCAGCUCCUAUGAUUGACAACUGCCAAGUCGGAUAUAAACUUCUAGCAAGGACCUGCAUCCGGCUUUAUUUCAGGGAAGUGGGCCACAAAGAUGCCAGGAAGAUCUGUGAGAGGGAGGGGGCGAGACUUGCCAUGCCUAAAACAGAAGAGUUGGAUCAGGCUUUGAGAAACCUUGUCCAGAAGGAAGGCCACAACGUCGAGUUUUGGAUCGGCUUGAGGAACAAAGGAUCAUUCCUUCUUCGGAUGGAAUCCAGGAGAGCCAGAUGGCCGCAGAUGGAUUCAUCUGACGAAUCUGUGCGUAAAGUAUGGCUCAGGUCGCACUGGUUAUCCCAUGUGGGAUGA